GUCAAAGUAUUAUGAAUGAGAUAUUUAAAUUAGUAUUGAUUUAUUAUGAUUAGGUAUGUUUUGAUGGAGCAUAACAAAAGAAAUGGAUAUAAUGUAAAGAUUUAGAUAGUUAACUUUAAUUUAUUAGAGAUGCAAUACCUUAAAAAAUAAAUGAGGCAACUAAAAAUUAUGAUUAUGAAGCUUUGGAAAAAUAAGUUUAAAAAUAUGAACAUGAGAUUCGAAAGCACAUAAGAGUAUGUUCUUAUUAAUAAUAAAAUUAGAUGGAAUAACAAAUAAAACUAUAUGCAGAAUCGUUAUAAUAAAAACUAGAAGAACAAGAGAGUGUAAAUGAUUGUUUAAGUAAUACCAAAUAAUUAGUGAAUGUAAUUAUUAUAAAUUUUUAGUCUUUAAAAAAAGAGAAUCAAUAAUUGAUAGAAUAAGUGAAAAGAUUGUAAAACGAAAAUCAUAUUCUAAAAUCUAAAUUGAUUGAUGUUAAUGAAAGAAUCAAUAGUCAUUAGACUUCUCCUGUUUAGGAUAAAAUUAAAAAUUAAGAUUCUCAUCAUCAAAAAGUAUUAAAUCUGAAAGCUUAUUAAGAAUAGUUAAAGAUAUUAGACUAUAGAUUUCGUAGCUCCAAAAUAAAAGUUAAACUAAAGAAAUAUAGAAGAUUAUACUAAAUAAUAUGCUGAAGUUAAAACACAAAUAAGUAAUACUAUCGAUAGUUCGAUCUUGAAAAUGCUUUAAAAUCGUAGAGAUUCAUUAAAGUAGAAUGAUCCUUAUAAAUCUUCAAGAGAUUCAUCUUCUAUAGAAAAAAAUGAUUCCAAUAAAAUCAAGUCUUGUAUCAAUCAAUAAAGAGCAGCAAGUUAAUAAUAAAAAGUUUAGCAUAAAUAAAUGAUUGAUCCAAAUAUUUAAUAAGUCAGAACUAUAACAGAAAAUGUUAAAUUUGAUUUAAAAAAUCAAAGUGAUAAUUUAAGGGCAUUCCUUAAUACUUAAAGUUUUCUUUGCAAUAAAAAGAAUAAAACUAAUUCUAAACCUGAAAAUAGAUAUAAUAAAAGUCAUAGUGAACAUUAAAAUGCAAAUACAAAUUAUGCAGACAUAUAAAAGUAUUUCUUGUUUAUAUAGAAAGAACUAAUAAAAUCCAAAAAGAGUAUUUAUAGUUUUCAUAGAAUUAUUAAAAAUAUUUAGAUAAUUAGCUAUGAUAAUAAUAAUUUUCCAUUUUUAUUUAAACUUACAUGUAUUUUAAUUUUACAAUCCCUUACAUAUUCUCAUGGUAUUAAUUUUCUUCAAAUUAACUCACUUUUUAAUUUUAUCAUAUAUAUUAUCAAGAAUAACAAUUAAUUUUAUAAUUAUAAAUAUAAAAUGAAAGAUGAUUCUUAGUUUAAAAUUAGUUAUAACAAUAGUGAAAAUGAAAUUAAAAUAAAAAGUAAUGAAACUGAAAAACUAAAAAUGGAAAUUGAAUAACAAGUGAGAUUGUCAUAAUUAGAACAAAUAUAAUAAAAUGCCAAAUUUUAGUAUGAUGAAUUUAGAGUUGAUUUAAUAAAUUAAGACAAAUAAAAAAACAAUACAUUUCACCAAAACAAACUUCAAAAGCAUUAUGAUGUGAAUAACAAUUCAGAAAUCUAAAAUUUAAAUUAAUCUUGUAAUUUUAGAUAAGGAAAUUAAGCUAAUUAAAUUUCUGAUUUUAAUUACUCUUAAGAAUCUAAAAAAUUUUUAUAAGAAAAGUUAAAUGAAUAAAAAUCUGGUAAUGAAAAUAAUAAGAAUAAAGUAUAAUAUAUUGAUAGUAAUAAUCCUAAUGAAGAAGAUAGUGAUGAUAUUGAAUAAAGAAAACCUUAAGCUAAUAUGGAUUAAAAAUAAAACAAUAAAGAUUAAAAAGAAUCAGAAAAGGGUAUAGACAAAGCAUAAAAAUAAGAAUGGUUGUUGAAAAAUAGAAUAAAAAGACAUGAAAAUUAGGGAGAUAAGGAUUAUAAUGAAAAUUUAGAUAUUUUAGAAAUAGUGAAUCACGGAUAAAAGACAGAACCCAAUCUUUUUGAAUAAGGAUUAUUAAAAAGGAGUGAUUAUGGGAUAUAGAAUAGUUUAGACUAAAAAUCAUUAUAAUUUAAAAAAGAAUUGUAUAAAUCAGAUUUGGAAAGAUUAUAAGCUUAAUCUAAUGUUAAUAGAGAGAUAUAAGAUUAGAAAAAAUAAGAAAAUUUUGAAUCUAAUUCUAUGAAGAAUUAAAUUUAGAAUAAUGAAAAUCAAAAAGAAUUAAAACAGAAUUUAGAAGUUAGAAAAAUAUUUGAAAAAAGAUUUGAAUCAUAAAAAGACAGUUGGGAUGUUUCAUAACAUGUAAUUACAAGUACAGAGAAUAAAAUAGAUUCAGUAAAAACUCCUUAUGAAUUAUAACCAUUGGAUUAACUUUAUAAAAUAAUGAAUGGUUCAAAUUAAAGAACUAUAAAUAGUUAUUUUAGUCCAAAAAAUUAAUAAAUUUAAGCUCAUUCUUUUUUAUAAAAAUAAUAAGGAAUUGAUCCAUAAAUUAAAUAACAAUAAAAUUAAUUAAAUAAAUAGUAAGAGGAGAAACAAGGAUUUAUUAAAAAAUAUGAUGAUGGUUCAAUAAGAUAUAAUAAAGAUAUUGGUAGAUCAUUAAAAUAUUCUGGUAAGGAUAACAAUUAAAGUAAUUAGAAAAAGACAAUUCUUUAAGAGAUGAAAUCAUCACAUAGAGAAAUUGAAUAAUUAUAAUAAAAAUAAUAGAGGUUUCCAGAAGGAGUUAAAAAAAUUCUAAAUUAAUUAGAUUUAAAAUAAUAAUAAACACAAUAGAUUUCUUAAAGAGAAAAAGAUAAAAAGAAACUUGAAAUGUAAAUGUAAACCUUAGAUAAUCCAUUAAUUAAAUAAUAAGGUUAAAGAUAAACUGAAGAAUUAUUAAAUGAAGAUAAACAUGAAUUUAGAUCAAUUAAAAUAGAGAAAAAGAAGGUUACAGAAUCAUAGAGACUAUCUAAAUUUAAAAUGAUGUUAGACAAUAAUAUGGGAGAAUCAUUUUAAGUUGGAAAACCUAUUUUUGAAUUUAAUAGAUUACUAAAGUAUUUAUUCUUGAAAAAUUAUGAUAUUCCAGACAUAGCAGAUUAAGAAUAGAAGAUUAUUCCAAAUAAAUUUGAAAGUGCUGAAGAAUAUUGUAAAAUUUUUGAAUAUUUAUUCUUAAAUGAGGCUAGUGCAUAAAUAAAAUAAGAAUUGAUUGAAUUUUUAAAAAAGACUGAAAAGACAACAAAAUAUAGAAAAGUAUAAAUAAAGAUUGAUGAAAAUGAUAAUGAAUCUGAAGGUGCUAUAUUUAUAAUGAGAGGACCUUAAGCAAAUUUAUAAAAAGAUACUUAAGAAGAUAAUAAAAGAGAAUAAAUAAGAUAAGAAGGAAAAUAUGAUAGUUAAUCAGAUGAUUAAUAAUUUUGUUAUGACAAUAUUAAGGAUGGAGUUUGUGAUUUGACAACUCUUAAAAAUUUUAUUGUAAUAAUUUCAAGCAAUAUUAAAAUGAAAUUAAGAUAAUUUAAUUAAUUAAAUGAAGAUAAAAUGACAUUUUUUGGGAUUUUAAUAGAACCUUAAAAGGCUUAAUAUUUACAAUAAAUAAGAAUAUAAACUUUUUUAAAUAAAUAAAGCUUAAAUAUAAAUUAAUGGCAUAAUGUAUUUUUAUUUCCAUUUUCUAAAAUUACAACUUUAAUUCGUGAAUAUUAAAUGAUUACAAAGUUAAAUUAUAAAACUCCUUUAGCAGGAUUAAUAUAUAAUCCAACAUCAUCUUAAUAAUUGAUUGGUUCAGAUGUUGGAAUAGGUUGGACAGUAUAAUUUUAAAAUUAAAUUUAAAAUAAAGAAUUGUUAGAUUCUUUUUUUUAGACAGUGUACUAAAAGUAUAAUGAGAGUUAAGCAAAUUCAAUAAGAGAUAUAAUUUUAAAGGAGAAAGGAAUAUGUUUAUUAUAAGGACCGGUAUUUUAUAAUAGAUAUUUUUUUAGCCUGGAACAGGUAAAACACAUACAUUAAUAGGACUAUUAUCAGGAGUUUAUGAGUAUAUGAAGUUAAUGAAUAAAUUUCCUAGAAAAAAGAUAUUAGUAAUAUAAUAAAUUAUAAAUAAUAGAUAUGUGCCCCUUCAAAUGCUGCAAUAGAUGAGAUUAUUUUAAGGAUUCUAUAGAAAGGUGGUUUAUUUGAUUCAAAGGGUAUUUCUAGAUAAGCUAAUGUUAUUAGAAUAGGUUUAUUAGAUGAAGAGAAUGUUCAUUCAGAUGUAAUUAAGAAAGUUUCUUUAGAAGAUUUAGCAUAACAUAAAUUAUUUUCUACUUAGAAAUUUAAUGCACAAUAAGAUUAAAAAACAACAGCAGAUUUAAGAAUUGAAUUAUGUUAGAUUUAGAAUCACAUUAAGAAAUUAGAGAAAAAGUUAAACUAACAUGGAUUACCUUAAGAAGAGAGAAAGAUAAUUAAAGAAUAAAUAAAUUAAUUUAAUGAUUUAAGAAAAAGUAAAUAAGAAUAUUUAGAUAAAACAAGAGAAAAUAAAAAGAUUUAUAAAGAAUUUUAUAAUUAAUUUUGUGAAAAGUUAUUGAAUGAUGCUGAAAUAAUAUGUAGUACAUUAAGUUCAAGUGGAUCUGAUAAAUUAUCUAAAUAUUUAGAUUAAAUAGAAUUAUUGAUAGUAGAUGAAGCAGCUUAAUGUACAGAACCAUCUAAUAUUAUACCUUUAAGAUUAGGAAUAGAAAAGAUGAUAUUAAUAGGUGAUCCAAAAUAAUUACCUGCUACAACAUUUUCACCUGUUUCUCAUUAAACAUUAUAUAAUAGAAGUUUAUUUGAAAGAAUUUUAGAUAAUAAUUUCGAACCUUAUUUUUUAGAUACAUAAUACAGAAUGCAUACUGAAAUAAGAAUGUUCCCAUCUUAAUACUUUUAUGGUAAUAAAUUAAAAGAUCAUGAAUCUACCAAUUUAAGAACUUUACCAUCAAAUUUCUUUAAAAAUAGACUAUUAUUCUUAGAUAUACUUGAUGGAUAAGAAAAUAAAGAUGGAACAUCAUAUAUAAAUGAAUAAGAAGCAUUUGUUAUAGUAUAAUUUAUUAAAUCAAUCAAAGAAGAAUUUACUAAUUAAACUAUUGGUGUGAUUUGCGCAUAUAAAUCUUAAGUUAGAUAUAUUAAAACACUAUUAAAAUUAAAAUUUACAGAUGAAAUCUUUUAAGAUCAAACAACUAUUACAAUCAAUACUGUUGAUUCAUUUUAAGUAAAAUUUUAUACAUUAAUUAUUAGGGUUAAGAAAAAGAUAUUAUAUUAUUUAGUUGUGUUCGUUCUUCUCAAUCAGGGGGAAUUGGAUUUCUAAAUGAUGGAAGAAGAAUGAAUGUUGCUUUAACAAGAGCUAAAAAUGCUUUAUUUAUUUUUGGAAAUGCUAUCACUGUAUUAAUAUAUGUUUAUUAUAUUUAGUUAUCAAAAAGUGAAUUAUGGAAAUCAAUGUUAAAAAAUAUUAUGAAAAGAUAACUUUAUAGAAAUCUUGAUUCCUAAAAAUUUACAUUUAAUUUACUUCUCAAAGAUGAAUGGACUGAAGAAAAUAAAACAAUAUCUUAAUAACUUAUAACCCAUCUUAAUUAAACAUCUUAAGGAAAUCAUGAAAAAUCAACAUAUAAUAUAUCAGAUUUUAAGAUCUAAAUCAAUUCAAAUGAAAAAGUUGAAAAUAAUUAAAAUCGUGAAAUUAUUAAAAAAAAAUAAUACUAAUAAUAGGAUAAGAAUAAUGAAAAAGAAAGUUAAUUUAAAAUUAAUGUAAAUAAUAAGGAAAAAGAUAGAAAUACUUCUGAAUAUUAAAUUAAUAAACAAAUAAUUUAAAUUCAACAAAGCCCUAUUCUAUAAAACUAAUCAAUAAAAAAUAAUAAUGAUAAUUCGAAAAUCAUCAAUAAUUAACUUCAAGCUCCCAAGGAUAUAAAAACUGAAUAAAAAAGAAAAGAUUAGACAAAUACUUAGUUGAAAGAGCAUUAACUUUAUGAUGAUUUUGAUUUGAUCAGAUGCCUACAGGAAGAAGGCUUUUUUGAUAAAUGA